CAUUGUUUGUACUACUUCAUUAUCUUUUUUUGUUAAAAAAAUAUAUUGGAUAUGUGAUGAAGGGUGUACAUAUUAGCUUAGUUUUAUAAUUGAUAUGUUAACAAUCUUGUUUUUAUUGAAGAUUACAGUCAUGGUGCAUAAUCACUUCAAGUCAAUUUCCUUAGACUCAUAUAUUCAAAUAGAUCUUAUUAUAGUGUUUGGGUGAUGAUAUUUUUAUGUAAAUUUGCUUUCUAUUAGCGUUUUUAGGUGGAUCGACUGUCCAAUUAUCCAAGCUCAACUCUUAUACACUCUAUUUCUUGGAUUCCAGGACACGGACGAAAGUACCAAGCAUUAGAGAUCCACAACAACCGAUUCAACGACGGUUGAUUAUUCACGAAUCUAGUCCGGAGUCGUGCUCAAAAUCGUCGGAUUCUAGUGUGCCACCAACACCUCCAGCAAACACAACAAUGACUCAAUCAGAUAAUGAGGUACAUAAUGAAGAAGAGUCAGUGACAUGUUCUGAGAAACAAUCAGAAUCACAUGUUGAUGAACAAUCAAAUUCUUCCUCUGUGCCACAACAGAAUACACUUCCAAUCGAAAAGAUUCCUCGAUUGAAGCCUAUAUUAGAGGAGAAUGAACACUUUGAGUGCAAGAUAGGUGUAAAAAGUAAGAUGGAUGAUGUCACAAAACUUAUCAAUGAUGUACUAAAGAAUGACCCGACCAACUUAAAAUUGUUCAAGGAAUCUCCACUCUGCCACUUUCUUGAACUUAAGAACUAUGAACAUUCAAAUCAAGUGAUGUGGUUAUUACUCAUUCAAGAAGCCAACUAUGAUAGAGAAUCAGAGAUGUGGUUUGUUGUUAAUGAGGUACCGAUCUGA